AAACUAUCCAAAAUGAAAAUCGCAAUCUCCAAAAUGACGUUUGCUCGUGUAUUCUGUGGAUUCCGCUCUCGAGAGCCCAAGACCGUCUUGGCGUCUCGAGAUGCAACUAUAAAUACCAGCCUUAGAAUCUUUUAUUUUUGAUGAAUUCAGUAUUUUCCAAAUAAAAUGACUGAAGUAGAUGUUUUCAUUAGUAAUUAUACUCUAGUCGAUCCUGAAAUAUAUCAGUUAUGGAUUGAAGGCAAUACUGCCAGUGAAGCUGUUGCUAUACUUGAUAAGAAAGGACUGGGUAAGAAAACAGGAGCAUCUUUAGAACUUAUUGCCAGCGAUGUAUUAGAUCAUUUUCGAACUUAUUCACUACUUGAAAAAUUAUUAAGUUAUCCUAAUAAAUUACAAGAGCAAUCUGCGUUUCAAAUAGAGCCCCAUACUAGACAGUUACUUAUUGAAAAAUAUUACGAAUUUGACGAUGAUGUUGUUAGAGAAUUACUCGGUAAAAAAUUAAGCUCCAAAAAUCGAAGAGAUUUAGAUGAAGUAUCUGAAAAGACAGGAAAGCCAUUAAAAUCUUGUCGAAGGCAAUUUGACAAUAUCAAAAGAGUUUACAAGGCUGUUGAAGAAAUGCCUGGCUCAAAAGUUGAAAAUAUAAAAAACUCGUUUCAUUUAUCCGAAGACCUUGCAAGAAAAUAUGCUAGUAUUGUAUUUUUAGCAUCGAUACGGUUUGAAACUUCAAAAAAGAAACUUCAAUCCAUGACGUUUCCUGCUUGGAAAAAGUGUUGUGAAGUUAUCAUGGACCACUGGACCUAUAAAUUAGUAAAUACUGAAUGUUAUGACAUAGAAAUGGAUAAGGAGUUUUUAAUUGAAUUAAGGGACUUAAAAAUUUUACUAGAAAGGGAAAAGGACCACAAGCAACUAGUUUGUCUUACUUUAAAACCAAGGUUACUCCAGAAGAGUUAUUCUGAACUUGAUAGUAAUUUUAAAAAAUAUACAGCAGCUAUUAUAACUCUGGCUUCAACAUUACAUCGAUCAAGAGAUAUGAAAAAUUUAUUUGUUGAGUUUUCUCAAAUUUUAGACUUAUUUAAAACAGGAAAUUGGUCAGCACAUGAUUUACAAGAAUUUUUUAAUGCAUAUACAUCUUGUGCAUUAGAUUUAGAUAUUUUAAGAAAGAACACGGAAUUGAAAACUUGUUGGGAGAAAUUUAUGAAAGUCAUUGGUGUAUGUAUGGUUGUCAUGUACUCCACAUAAUUGUGUAAAUUAUUAUUGUGUAAUUUUUGUGUAUUAUAACUGAUCUAUCUUUAAAAAUAUUUUAAUAUAAUUUUAACAGUUA